AUGACUCAGGUAAGCUUGUCAAUGGAUUUUCGUUGUCAGUUGAAAAUACUCAUAAGUCGGCAACCUUCAGAAUUUCGCGAUGUGGUUUUGAAAUGUUGGUCGUCAGUUGGAUUCAAGUUAGCCGAACAAUGUGCCACAAUUGCCCAACAUCUUCAAGCUGAAAUCACCCAAUUGAUGCAGUGGGGACUUCAAAGUGUAAAUGAACGGAUGGAGGGCCUAUGCAGUGCCCUCAUCGAACUUCUAACUGACGUUCUCGGCAUGAUUGACUUGCCACAAAGCUGUAAAGAGUGGCUGAAUCUCAAAGACAUCGGUGGACCACGUCCCAGAGCUACUCCACGACGGAUGCGAAAUAAUGUCAUGGCAUCAUCCAGUACUUCUAUCUUCAUGUUAAUUAUAAUUAGAUUAGCAAUUUAUUCCUAUGCUUAG